GGAGCCAAUCAGCGAUGAAGGAAGGCGGGGCUGACUGAACCAUCCAAUCAGGUGGGCUGAGGGAGCCUGGCGGGCUCUUCCUGUGUCAUGGCGUUGAAGUGUGCGUCGUGAAUGGGCCGCCGAGAUUCCCCAGCUAACUAAACCGCCUGUCUCUGUAAUUUCUACUGGCUGCGAGCUGCAUUCAAAGGACCCCGUGGGACCCACAGGCCAGGCAAUGGUGAUGUUGUGGGACGGAAGCUGAGAAUGGGAUGGAAUCGGGAGUCAGUAACCUUUGAGGAUGUAGCUGUGAACUUCACCAAGGCAGAAUGGGCUUUGCUGAAACCACCCCAGAAGAAACUCUAUAGAGAUGUGAUGUGGGAAACAUGUAUGCAUUUGACCGCUAUAGGAAAAACCUGUUGUAACCAGCAAAUGGAAGAACAACACAAAAAUUGUUCAAGAAAUCUAAGAAAUGAUGCAGACAAGUAUUUGAGAUUUGAAGAGACACUGUAUAAAAGUAGUAAACAUGGAGAAACCUGCAGUGAUUUCCAGUCCUUUCAGAAACAUGAAAUGAGAAAGACUGUAGAGAAACAAUGUCAGCAUGAGCAAUGUGCGAAAGCCUAUUCUGAUCUUAGUGAACAGACUCAGCCUGCAGAGAAAACAUUUCUAGGUAAGAAAAAUGUGAAAGCCUCCAGCACACCCAGUGGUGUUCAAAUCCAGGAAAGAAAUCAGGGUGUGGGCAGUUCUUAUGUGUACAAACAACAAGAGAAUACUUUUAUGCCUUCAAACUAUUUUCAAAUAAAUGAAACAAUGCAUGCUGGAGAGAAGCCCUAUGUAACUAAGGAAUGUGUGAAAACAUUAUCCCAUAGUCAUUCCUUUCAAAAACAUAAAAUAAUUUACACUGGAUGGAAACCUUAUGUAUGUAAACAACAUGGAAAAGCAUUCACUACACAGAAUUGCAAUGAGAUACAUGAAGAAAAUCAAACUAGAGAUGAACCUUAUGUAUUUAAACAGUGUGGGAAAUCAUUCAGCACACACAGUCAGUGUCAUAGUCAUCAAAGAAUUCACACCAGGGAGAAACCUAGUGUAUGUAAGCAAAGUGGAGAAGGAUUUGCUGAUAAGUACUCAUUUGAAAGACAUAGAAGCUCUCAUACUGGGGAGAAGUCCUAUGAAUGUGAACAAUUUGUGAAAGUUUUCAGUACACACAGUCGCUGUCAAAGUCAUGAAACAACUCACCUAGAGGAGAAAUCGUAUGCAUGUAAGAAUUGUGGGAAAUCUUUUAAUGAAAAAAAAAAUUGUCAAGUACAUGAAAGAAUUCACACUGGAGAAAAACCCUAUGUAUGUAAUAAUUGUGGGAAAUCUUUCACCCGAAAGAGGAAUUUUCAAAUACAUGAAAGAAUUCACACUGGAGAGAAACCCCAUGUAUGUAAGCAUUGUGGGAAAGCUUUUAAUGAACGAAGACGUUGUCGAAUACAUGAAAGAAUUCACACUGGAGAGAGACCGUAUAUAUGUAACCAUUGUGGGAAAUCUUUUAAUGAAAAGAAAGAUUGUCGAGUACAUGAAAGAAUUCACACUGGAGAGAGACCCUAUGUAUGUAAGCAUUGUGGAAAAUCUUUUCUCCGAAAUAGUCUUUGUCAGUUACAUGAAAGAAUUCACACUGGAGAAAAACCCUAUGUAUGUAAGAAUUGUGGGAAAUCAUUCAGCCGAAAGACAAACUUUCAAAUACAUGAAAGAAUUCACACUGGGAAGAAACCCUAUGUAUGUAAGCAUUGUGGGAAAUCAUUCAACCGAAAGAGUUAUUGUGAAAGCCAUGAAAGAAUUCACAGUAGGGAGAAACCCUAUGUGUGUAAGGAUGGUGGAAAAGCAUUCACUACACAGAGUUGUUAUGAAAUACAUGAAAAAAAUGACACUAGAAAUCAAUCAUAUAUAUGUAAACAAUGUGGGAAAACAUUCAGCACACACAGUCACUGUCAAAUUCAUGAGAGAACUCACACUGUGGAGAAACCCUAUGUAUGUAAGCAUUGUGGGAAAUGUUUUCAUGAAAAGAAUGGUUGUCAAGUACAUGAAAGAAUACACACUGCAGAGAGACCCUAUGUAUGUAAGUAUUGUGGAAAAUCUUUCUACCGAAAGAGUCAUUGUCAAGUACAUGAAAGAAUUCACACUGAAGAAAAACCCUAUGUAUGUAAAAAUUGUGGGAAGUCUUUCACCCGAAAGACAAAUCUUCAAAUACAUGAAAGAAUUCACACUGGGGAGAAACCCUAUGUAUGUAAGCAUUGUUGGAAGUCAUUCAACCAAAAGACAAAUUGUCAAAACCAUGAAAGAAUUCACACUGGGGAGAAACCCUAUGUAUGUAAGCAUUGUGGGAAAUCUUUCAGCUAUAAGAGUAGUUGUCAAAUGCAUGAAAAAAUUCACACUGGGGAGAAACCAUAUGUAUGUAAUUGUGGGAAAUCUUUCCUGCGAAGGUAUGUUUGUAAAGCACAUGAAAGAAUUCACACUAGGGAGAAACUAUGUCUGUAAGUAUUGUGGGAAAUCUUUUAACCAACAAAGAAAUUGUUAAAUACAUGAAAUAAUAAGUGUAAGAAACUUUAUGUAUGUAACCAGUGUGAAAAAGCACAAAAUACAGAGUUGUUAUGAAAUGGAUUAAACAAAUCACACUAGAGAUUAACAUUAUAUAUACAAAUAACGUGGGAAAGUAUUUAGCACACACAGUGUCAUAAUGAUGAAACCUCACACCAGGGAAAAACCCUAUGUAUGUAAGCAAGGUGGAAAAGGAUUUACCGAUUAACCCUCAUUUGAAAGCAGAUCUCACAAUGGCAAGAAACCCUAUGUAUAUAAGAAUUGUGGGAAAUCUUUCAGCUUAAUUGGUCACUUUGGAGCACAUAAAAGUAUUCACACAGGUGAGAAACCUUAUUAUGUAAGCAGUGUGGAAACUCAGUACACGGUUGUGAAAUACAUGAUAUCAUACCUAGAGAUAAAUCUUAUGUAUAAUGUGGGCAAGCAUUCAGCACAGUCAUUGUGAAAGACACGAAAAUAUUCACACCGUGGGAACCCUAUGUAUGUAAACAAUGUGGGAAAACACCCUACACAAAAAUAUUUUCUAAUGAAUGAAAGAAGACAUAAGAAAAACUAUUUGUAUCAGUAAUGUGAGAAAUCUUCAUCCAACAAAGUACUGGUCUAACUUGAAGAAAUUCACACUGGGAACCUUAUAUAUAUGUAAGUAACAUGGGAAAAGAGUACACCAAAGUGCCAUCAAAUAUAUGAAAGGGCACACUAAGAAACUAUGCAGUGUGGGAGAAGAUUUCAUGCAAUCUGAUUUUGUAGACAAAAAAUUGCAUUUCAGAAAUGUAUGGAAAAGUUCAUCUGAUACACUAUCAAACACAUGAACAAGGUGCCAUGGGGAAAAGUCUAUGUAAGCAAUGUAGGAAAGCAUUCAGCACACACAGGUAUUAUUAAAUAUGUGAAAGAAGUCCCAUGGGGGAGAAGUAUAUAUUUCUUUGAAAAUACCCUAUGCAAUUAAAACCUGUAGAAAUAAUAUAUAUAUUUUGUUAUUAAUUUCCUAGAAAAUAUUUUCCCAAAUGGAAAUAGUCUAAAUUGGAUUUAUUCUGUGUUUUUCAGUAAAUUACUUGUAAAUACCUCAUGUAUGUAUCUGUGGUCAUUAGUAUGCAAAAAAAAUGGGGCUGACAUAACUAUAUGUUUUUGUGUAUGCCAACAUUUUUAAAUUUAACAUAUAGUGAUUCUUAAGGUGAAUUGAAGUCCAGUUUUCACUUCCAAGUAGGGUUAAUAUUUAUGUAGCGUUUGUUUUGUUUUUACAAUUGGGAGGAAUAGACCAUGAAGAAGUAAAUUUGGGUAAUUGAUUUUGAAUUGUUGGGAUUUUCCAGUAGCUUUGAUUUGAAUUUUGUUGAUGUGUACAUUCCAUAUUCUGUGUAACAAGAUAUUUCUUUAUUUGAUGCUAUAUUUCACAGAGAGAGGCUUAUGAAUGUGUUUUUGAGAAAGGUCCAUUGUUUUCACACAACAUGUAUAUUAGCAAUAUUGUGUUUUUACAUCCUGACCA